CACCGCGUGAUGGGUAAAAAAAGUCAGAGAGCUAUUUGUGGUGUGCCGCUUUGCACAACAGAUACACACAAAACAGCAUGGAGACGCUUCUUUUUCUAUUUCCUCAAUUCAACUACAUGUCCCCAAAGGAGGAAGCGUAUUUCAAAAUGUUUGGUCCACAACACUCGCAGGCACCAAAGAUGAAGGACGAUUUUAGCAGACAGAAAGACAAGGAGAGGAAGAGCCGACUCAGCCUUUUUCUCACCAAGUCGGGCUCUCAUGAAAACGUCAGUCCCCAUAAAAAGACAAAUACGCCACCCAGCAACAUCUCACCAGAGGCGGCUUUGCAAUGGAGCGACUCCUUUGAAGAACUGCUGAAGCACUCAGAUGGGGUGGAAAGCUUCUCUCAGUUCCUCAGGUCCGAGUUCAGUGAGGAAAACAUCGAGUUCUGGUUGGCCUGUGAAGAAUACAAGACCAUUGAUUCUGAGACCAAGCUGCUGUCCAAAGCCAAAUAUAUUUAUACGGUUUAUAUUGAAUCGGAGGCGCCUAAAGAGGUCAACAUCGACUACAACACCAAGAUGGCCAUUCAGAAGGUCAUGGCAAAGCCCACAAUGAGCUGUUUUGAAGCAGCCCAGAUAAAAAUCUACAGCCUGAUGAAAAAGGACUCCUUUCCCAGGUUCCUCAACUCUGACAUUUAUUUGGGUCUCACCAGGAAGAAAGGGCCUGGGGCCAACAUGUUUCGCAGAAGGUCACGCUCCUGUGUAUUCAAUGACAGGGGUGAGGCUACAAAUGAACCUUUGGCCUGGUAGAGAUAGCAUUUCAAUGUUGUCCCUCACUCUGUGAAAUAGAUUUUUAAAUAACAGAUAUUCCAUGAGUAGCAUCAUAAUUGUUUAACCGCACUGUGCUAAUUAGCCACAGGUUUGCUUCUGCAGAUCGAGUGGGUUAUUUGCUUUCUUUUCAAGAAAUAUAUGAGAAUAUUGUUACCACUCUCAAGGAUGUAAGAUGAAUACAGCUACAGCCGUCUGGUUAGCUUAGCGUAGCAUAAAGACUGGAAGCAUAAGGAAAUAGCUAGCCUGGAUGUGCACAAAUCUCUAGCAAAAUACACCUAGCAUUAGGAGUAACAUGUUAUAGCUCUACUGUUUAAUCUAUUCAUUGACUGGAUAAAUUAAAUGAGGGUAGCCACCGGGACGUAACCCAUUGGUUUGCGGAGUUUGGCAUUUUAGCCAUCUUGGUUGUCUGAGACCAGAAGUGGCCAUAUUGGAAUGAUAGGAUGAAGCUGAGGAAGAGCAAGGCCCUAAUGAGGAACCAGCUAAAGCUAGAGCUAGCUAGCUACUGACUUCAAGCUAAAUGUGGGAAGCUUAUUUUGUUUAAUUAAAAACAUGCUUAUAUUACAACACAGUCUCAUGGCAUUUCGUGUUAUAGUCACAAAAUUAAUCUAUUGAUUUGUGUUCACCAACACAAUUUCGCCAUUUUCUUCGUGUCACACAGAACGAUUUUAAAAGCAAUGUAAAUAAAAAUAAAUUAGAAGGAAAAACAGAUUUAAAAAAAUACAGAAUUCAGUAUUCUGAGGCUCUUUGCCCCAUUUAUUUUCCUCACGGACAGCAAAAAAACCGACAUUAUACAAUUUAAAAUAAAAGGGAUAGGGUUAGGCUUAGGGUAAGAUAUUGAGUAAGACCCGACCGGACAAAAAGACGUGGUGGAGGCACGAAACAUACUACCAAUAGAAAUACAUUGCUUUUAAAAUCGUUCUGUGUGACAAGAAAAAAAUGCAAAAAUCGUGUUGGUGAACACGAAUCAAUAGAUUCAAUUAAUUUAAUUUUGUGACUAUAACACGAAAUGCCGUGAGACUGGGUUGUAUAUUACAAGUAAAAAAUGACAUGUUGGGUUGCGGGAAUUACACCGAAACUUCCUGGAGUCUUUGUUUGUUACCUGACAACUUCACAAAAAUGAGGACAACAACACUCUAGAAAGAUAAGAUAGCUGUAUCCCCUCAUUUCCGGCUAAGCUAAGCUAACUGACGGCUAGUGGUAGAUUUGUAUCUAUCCUACAGACAAUUGGUAUACAUUUUCUCAUCUCACUCUGUUUUAUCAUCUUGGCAAGAAAGUGAAUUAGCGUAUUUCCAAAGAUGUCGAACCAUUAAUAUACUACCCCUCUGUACAAGAGAUGACACCACUAGCCGUUCAGCCAUACGAAUACGUUUGAAAAGUUACGAGGCAAUUACUUCAGACAAAUGUGGUUAUCUUAAAAUAAUCUUCACCCUCUGGCCGGAUCAGAACUGAGUAUUCACUUUGCACAUAUGGAACAAUCUCUCUAUUUACUUUCCUUGGGGUCAAAAUACUGCUUGUGGAUUAAACCUUUAUUGAAGAAUUGUAUGUUACUUUAAAUCUUGCAAAACUUGAAUGACAGGCAGUGGGAUGUUUCGAGACAGAAUCUCAGCUGAAGUGCCUGAACGCUACCGACAGUACCCAGUCAGCCGUACAGGCAGCCACACUGAGGCCCCUCUCCUUCUUCAGAAGCAUUACACUUCAAUUGCUUUAUCUUCCAAACCAGCAAUAGAACUGUAUAUGUCCAUAAUACAGUUGAAAUGGCAAAUAGGCUAAUUGUACCAUUUCUAAUAAAAAUGGACUAGAUUUUAUAUUUAUAUUUAAAAAAACCUUUCAGUCUACCUUGCAGUGAUAGCCUGCAGCUUAGGUGACUGCAAAGCACUGAACGCUUUUAAUGAGGGAUUUACAGUAUAUCCCUCUUUAUAAUGAAUUAAAAUGUAUCAAUUCUCAGUCCGAAAAUCCAUAUCUUAUAUGAAUACUAAUAUGAAAUUAUUAUAUAACUUAUGAUUGCUGCUUUUUCAGUUUGCUGCCAUCUAAUAUAAUUUAUCUAUGUUCAUAUGUUGCCUUGCUGUUCUAAAAUGUAUACUAAAGUCAAAUAAACACUUUUUAAUAAAGUCGUUUUAAUGAGGGCUUCAGUGUUAUUAAUUAGUUUGAACCACAUCUGAAUGUGAAAAAUGGAGACAUAAUGUGUACAUAUUAGACUAGUGGAAAAUUGUUUUUAUGUGUUGCUCCCUAUUCCAAACCGCUGAAAAAUGAAUAGACCUUAUCAACUCCCAUUGCUCUAGCACAAAACUAUUCAUGUGACUGUAUAUGUAUGCACAGGCUACACUUCUGACAAAGACAAAUACAUUUGAAUUUGGAAUGUCAGAGAUCCCACUGAGUUCACCCCCAAAGUAUGUGCGUGGAAAAAAUAAAGGAGUAAUUAAUAAUGUCAACUGCAUAGAGAAUACACACAUAUUAGGGCUGUCAAGUUAACGCGUUAAUAAUGUGUAUUUGUCCUCGGCCCGCCCCGUAGUUUCAGAACCCAAAGGCUUGACGUUGUUGUUGUUGAUAGUUGGAUGGUGGGAGAGGGGGGGGGGGGGUGCUAGUGAACUGUCAACUGGCGGGAAGCCUCACUGCGGGGAAACGGCGGACCUCUGUCGGCGCAACUUCGAUGAGGUCGUUUAAAAACAUAAUAAAGUAAGGGCGGUGCCGGCCGUCAGCUAAUAGCUGGUUUAAAUGAUUUAUUCAAUGUUUUGAACAGACAUCCCCGGUCAACUCGUUUUUCUUUUUGUAGUCCUCGCUGUUCGCGUCUGGAUAUCGCCAUCGUAACCACAACCUCACACACUGGUACUGAAUGUGCAUCAAAGUCUUCCUACCGAGCCAAAUAUACCAAAAGAUUUAUGUAAACGACAGAAGAAGCGAUCAAAAUGGGUAUUUCAGUCGAAGGCCACGUCCCUCACCUCUGUAAACCAGUUGAUCGGAAAACCAGUUAAUCCGGAACGCUGGCCGUCAACCGUACUUGACGACCGGCCGUUCUGUGGUUCUCCAGAUUCUACAGACGGCCAGUCCGCCCCUGCUGACAGCCCAGCUCCUGCCGCUCGCUUGCAGCAGACCACGCUUGAAAGUUUGCCGGGGAGACGCCUGGACAACAACAGCGAUAGCUAAAUGGGUGGCUACAGCUUAACAUUGUGGAGGACGAGGGGCUGCGUUAGAUAAUUCGGAUCGCAUCCAACGUGUCGACUGCACAUCACAGCGCAUUAUUUUGACCCUAGGUGGGAACUUCAAUCUCAUGCUUUGACUGUUAUGAAGACAGAGGAGAGGCAUUUUGCCGACAACUGUAAACAGGCUUGUCUGUUUGAGCAACUGGCUCAGUGCAAAUAAGUAGACAGGGUUGGGAGAGAGUGUAAGAGAGAGAGGUUCCAGGUUGUUGUGUUGAGAAUAUUCAGGAAAUGUUUUGUCACAUACAUGAAACUCAUUGUUCCAAUGAUAAUAAACAAACAUUUGCAUAAAGCAUAUUUGUCCACUCAUAUGUUGAUAAGAGUAUAUUCCUCUAAGGUACAUUUAGAACAGAUACAUUUUUUUGUGAUUAAUUGGCGAUUUAACUAUGGACAUCAUGUGAUUAAUCGUGAUUUCAAUAUUUUUACAUUUUAUUUAUCACAUAUACAACACAGAAAGAGUUGGUUUAUCUUAUUUACAUAGAUGCCAGGGUUCUUUCAAGAAGCCUUCCCAGACAUCUCAGCCUAAAUAACUAUAAUUUUGAAAAAUAAACUAAGAAACAGAAUUCAAUACCUCACAUUUCACAUGAAUUAGGCAUCCACGAGUCCACUCACACACGGAGAAGAUGGGAAAAUGUAAUGCGACUACUGAGUUCUGUAGAAACAGCUUCCAGUUUGUGUUUGUGAGGCAGACAUCCUCUCCACUUUUAAGAGUAUGCUUAAUACUUUCCUUUUUGAUAAAGCCUAUAGUUAGGGCUGGCUCAGGCUUGCCUUUAACUGUGGGGUUUCUUUGGGAGUUUUUCCUUGUACGAUGGGAUGAUCUAAGGACACAAGGUGUUGUAUUCUGUACAAACUGUGAAGCCCCCUGAGACAAAUGAAUAAUUUGUGAUAUUGAGCUAUAUAAAUAAAAUGUGAUUGAUU